AUGGCGGCGCUUUUGGGCCUCCUCUCGCCUUUCUAUCUGCUCCUCUCUGCUCGCGCAUCUGGCGUGCCCAGCCCUCAGUCAAUUGCAUCUGAUUUGUCCAUUAUUACUCACAAUGACCUCUAUGGCCACGCUUCCACUAGACGAGCCGCAGGCAUCCUACUAACUACCCCUUAUACCUAUUCGGCCGCCCGUUCCCAAUGCGCCGCUCUCGACACCACGCUCUGGAAUCCCAGCAGCUAUGCUCAAGACCCAGCCUAUCUUGAAUACCUCAGUUAUGCAAAACUUGCCGGUCCUGACUGCCUCUUCUGGGUCCACGGCAACUCAACCUCACAGUGCACAGCAAUAUCAACUCGUGGCCAGUUGGAGCACUACCCAUGUGACAAGCACUUGCCUGUUUUGUGCUCAACCACUGCCGCCUCCACCUCCACCUCCACCUCCCUACCCCGCAUCGCCGUCACAACUAACAAUGCUACCAUCAUAGGCCGUCGGGAUGACUCCUCCCCGUCUUUUCGUUUCUUUGGCAUCAAGUAUGGCGCUCUUCCAGCCCGCUUUGCCCACUCGACAUACUUACCCCCUACGCCCGGUUCAAACACGACGGCACUCGACUAUGCUCCCAUAUGUAUGCAGGUCUCGUAUGCCUCUCCAGACCCAAACGUCUAUGCCGAAGACUGCCUCUUCCUCAACAUAUGGACCCCAUAUCUCCCCAAUCCUGCAAACAAAACUCCAAAGCUCAAGGCCGUCAUGGUCUGGCUGCAUGGCGGCGGUUUCCUCACUGGAACAGCAAGUGAUCCUACUUAUGACGGCUCUGCCCUGGCAUCUCGAGGAGACGUUGUCGUCGUGUCCGUCGACUAUCGCCUGUCCACCCUCGGCGGUCUUGCCCUAAGCAAUUCUUCACUGACAGGAAACUAUGGUCUCGGCGAUGUAAUUACUGCCUUGGAUUGGGUUCGUGCUCACAUUGCUGAUUUUGGCGGUGACAAAGACAGGAUUACCGUCUUCGGACAGAGUGCAGGAGCGUCUCUGGUAAGAGCCUUGCUGGCAUCACCACUGGCACAAGACAAGUUUGCUCGCUCAAUCAUGAUGAGCAAUCCUCAGGGCAUGGGCUACUCGACAUCUUUUUCAAAAUACUCGACUAUUGCAGAGGAAACCAAACGUACCCAGGCUCUCGUUGCUGAAGUGGGCUGCGGGCAACUCCAGGGUGAGGAUAUGGUCCAGUGCCUACGCAAGGUAGAUCCAUGGGCAUUGAUCAAUGCAAAUAACGCUGCCGGUUUCCCAGUCAUUGAUGGCAAAUUGCUAACAGGUCCCCUCCUUCUUAACCCAUCAGCACCUAAAACAAGACAACCUGUCAUGAUGGGCAUCCUGCACGACGACGGCUCAACAUUUACGUCCUAUCCAACCUCCUCCGAUCUCUCCGUGGUCCUCUCUUCUCAAGGUUACCCUGCCUCCACCAUUCCCACCUCAAACGCCUUUCCCCUUCCAGAUAUCACCAACAGGCAAAGCACUGCCUACACCGGAACUGUAAACCGCAUUUUCGACAAAGUCUACACCUACGAAUUCAACAGAUCUUUUCAACUUCAAGGGUGGAGUCCCAAUCCCCCAGCUUGCGAAGCUCCCAUCACACCAGACUACCCUUUUGGCAACCCAAAUCUACCGUACUACAAAUGCCACUCGGGCGAUCUGACCACCGUCUUCGGCACCGUCGUCCCACAAGGCAGACCCCUUCGUGACGACUAUGAUAUUCCCUUUUCCCAAUUCGUUCUCGAUUCCUGGACUGCUUUUGCGCGAACGGGCGAUCCCAAUCCGGAUCCCGCCUUCUUGAAAGCUAGGGAUUUCACAAAUACUACAGCGAUGCUUGAGGUGCAAGGGACUUGGGAUCCGGUUGAUGUCAAGAAGCCCAUGUUGAAGGUACUAGAUGUGGGGGAGAAGGGUGGUAUGACGGAGUUUAGAGAGGAGGUGCAGUGCGAGGUUUUGGGCUUUGGGUUGGAGUAUUACAAUAAGUAG